AUGUCUGAUCAUUGUCUUAAUAGUCCCUUUAGAUCUCCUGUCAAUAUCGAUGAUCAGGAGCAGGGACAGGGACAAAACGAUACAAAGGUCUCCACUUCCUCAAUGGCUUCUCUAUCAAGAAUUCGCAAUGCCGAUAGUGGCAUCUUCACUUCUUCGCCUAAAAUGGAUUUUGUUCCUUCCAGAUCGGUUUCUCCUUGUGACUAUGAAGGAAAGCAGCCGUCUAAAGCCGUUUCAAAGGAAAAUUUGGGAUCAGGUGACACAUCGAGAGGCUCUUAUCACUUGGAUUCUACCUUAGAUACUGAGGCUGACGACUCCCAGAAUGAGCUAGUCGCUGCUUCUGCCAGAAAUCCGGCUCUUGUUCUAGAACUUGAUUUGGAUUGUAACGUCAGGUUUAUUAGUCAUAGUUGGAAACGUAUCGUAGGUACAGAUAUUGCCAAGAUAGUUCGUAAACCUAUUAGUGAUAUCAUUGUUGGCAAUGAAGAGGACAGUCAAGUGUUCAUUAAGGCUACCAAGAUCAUGGUGGAAGACGAUGAGAGUUACAGAAUUCGGUUUGUUGUGCAGACAAAUUUAGUGUCUCUAGCUACUGAGGCUGCACAACCUCAAGCCCUAACUCCUGAAAAUCCCGGAAGUCCUGGAAGUCCUGGAAGUUCUGCAUCUCCUGACCUGAAAUCAAGAGGAUCCUUUUCUCUUAAAUCUCCAAUUGGUUUUACGAUGGAAUCCCCCCGGGGUUCUUCUUCAGAUGAUUCUGCUAGCAUUAAAUCUUCCAGCUCCACCAUCACUACAGAUGGUGGUUUUAUCGAAUUGGAAGCCCAAGGUAUUUUGAUCCACAACCAACGAACGGGAAUAUGCUCACACUCUAUGUGGAUUGUCAAACCAUGGAUUCCUUUGAAAGAGGUUAACUUGGAACUUCCCAAGGAGCUAGUAGCGAAUCUCGGUUUUGGCGCCAAUCUAUUUGAAGCUUAUCUUCUUCAUUUGAAUGAUAUGGGUAUCAUAGAUGAAGAAAGACUUCCCACACCACCUCAGGAGCUUUGUCGAAUUUGUGAGCAAAAGGUCCCCAAUUGGUGGCUUGAAAGGCAUACAGAGCACUGUGCUUUGGAGCACAGAAUUGAAGAUCUGGUCGCCACGAAACAGGAGGAAUUGCAUGAUCAUAGAAGCCUGUUGAAAAACAUCUUCCUCACACUUUUGCGGAAGGAACAAAGCGAGGAGGAGGGUGUAGGUUUGUCAGAUGAUGUCAGCGAUUCCAGUAGCACCAGUAUGAGCAGUAACAGUAGUGCUAGUAGCACUAGCGUUGCAUCGUCAAUAACUGAAUAUAAGGGUUUACCUAUUCCUUAUGCCUCUCAGCCUAGAAAGACUUCCUCCGUUAGGCUAUCCCAACGAAGGUUCCCGCUGAAAAACCUUGAGCGAUUGUUGGAAUAUUGUCAUGAAGCGCUAGAGAUAAACACUGGGGAGGUAAGGGUGAACGAUAAUGAUGGUAGUGGUACAAAUGCCUUUGGUGCUGAGGUGUCGUAUUCACCAGAUUCGAAAAAGCACAUUGAGAGUCUUCAGCAGAUGAAAUUACAGGAGUCUGGGGAUGCCGCCAUUCAGAUGCUGACUAGAGACACGGUCGAAAUGUGUCUGCAGAAACUUGAAGGCAUCACACGGUAUGCAUAUGUUCUUCAGUAUGUAGAUAGAAUUACUAGAGAAACAGAUGCGAUGGUUUUGGAGACUGUGGGAUCAACGGUUGCCAAAAUCAAAGAACAAGUAUUCGGUUUUUCAGACAGUGAUGAUGAUGCCUAUGACCUUGAACAACCUCUAGCAGUGAGGUCUACCGUUCCUGUGAGAUCUCCACAGCCUCGGCGGCCUUUGGGCUUUGAUAAACGAUCGUCGACCCCAAAAGGCUCGAUCUAUGGCUAUCUGGAACGGAAAAAUAGUAGUACAGGAGGUAGCUCGUCUGGAACGAACACUCCUCAGAGUGGGAAGGUUUCUUUUCUCAACCACAGAAGCAGCUCAGGGUCAUAUGUGACAUCUAGAUCUACUCCUGUUAUCUCUGUCGGUAGUGCUGAAGAGUCUAAGACUCCGCAUGAAUCCAGUACUGCUGGUUUUAUUUCACCACGAAGACCAAAUUCGCCAGCAUUUAGCAUUCCGCUCUCUACCCUUCAAAGAAACUCUCGAGGCAGUUUUAAGCCUCUUUCUCGAGCAGCAUCACCUUUUUCGUCUCCUUUGCUACUCUCCUCGGAUACUAAUGAUGUCAGUGGAUCUGUUGGCAAUUCUUUAUUAUUAGAAAAAGCCCAGUUGUCACCACUUCUGAUUCCUCAACCAUCUAAAUUGGCUCUUCCGUCGAUUAAGGACUAUAAGGUCGUCAAGCCGAUCAGCAAGGGUGCUUUUGGGUCUGUUUUCCUCGUCAAUCGGAAACUCACUGGUGAGUAUUUUGCUAUGAAAGUCUUGGCAAAGACAGAUAUGGUCGCUAAGAACCAAGUCACCAAUGUCAAGGCAGAGAGAGCUAUUAUGAUGUCCCAAACGGAUUCUCCUUAUGUGGUUCAAUUAAUGGCAUCUUUUCAGAGUACCAACUACUUGUACUUGGUUAUGCAGUACUUGAAUGGUGGAGACUUGGCUACCUUGCUCAAGAACAUGGGUUCUAUGCCGGAUGGUUGGGCCAAAAGAUACAUAGCCGAGGUUAUCGUCGGUGUGGAUGAUUUGCAUAAAAAGGGCAUAGUUCACAGAGACUUAAAGCCUGAUAAUUUGUUGGUCGAUCAUAAUGGCCAUGUUAAACUUACAGAUUUUGGCUUAAGUCAAAUGGGUUUGGUGAGGAGACAAAAAAGAGGCUAUUAUGGUCUUUUAGAUGGCCAUUAUAAUAGCGAAAGAGCCUCUUUGGGGUCUAUAGGCUCUCUUGAUGAGAAUCUCCGGCGUCCCAGUGAUCACAGUUCUUUUGAAGAGCCGCGAAGUCCCAUUGUUAGCGCGAAGAUGGGUCCGAGUGGAUCGUUGCAUGCUAGGCACGCUUCUCAUGGCUCUUCUAUUCUUGUGCAUAGCGCUUCGAGCUCAGUUGAUGAGACUUCUCUAUAUCGGCGUGGCUCCUUAAUAAAUAGGGGAAGUGGUUCAGGGCAUAGAGGGUCAAGUCUUCUUAGUCAAGGUACAUCUGUUGAUGAGUCCAGUGGCAAGGCUGCAUCUGCUGGAUCCAGUGGUGGUGGCAUUGGUUUGGUUCGCAAAUCUCUUCCAAAUGUCACGCCGCUUUCAUUAAGUCCUGCAUCAUCAUUACCCGGUUCAACUUUGGCUACGCCUACAUCCGAUAAUGAAGUAUGGCAAUUGCGUGCUCCUAAUGGCUCGUUAGCAGCUACAGCAACUCAGACUGCGGCUUCUCCUUCUACCUCAGUUUCGGCCACUGCAGUUUCUUCUUCUCCAUUGUUACGUCCUAUGACCCGGAAAACCUCGUCUCAAACGCUUCUUGUGUUCAAUGAUAACGAAGAUAAACAGGCUAAAACUCCUGAAAUCACUAAUUAUGCUUUAUUUGAUCCUCAACGCUCUGUACAAUCUCGCCGUUUCGUUGGAACUCCAGAUUACUUGGCGCCAGAAACUGUCGCUGGUAAGGGCCAGGAUGCGGCGUCGGAUUGGUGGUCUAUUGGUUGCAUUUUAUUUGAGUUUUUGUUUGGUUAUACACCGUUCAAUGCUGAGACUGCUGAGACAGUGUUUCAGAACAUUUUGCAGGGAGAGAUUCAAUGGCCCAAUAUUUCGCAAGAGCAGUUCAGCUACUAUUGCAAAGAUAAUGCUAAGGAUCUAAUUGUGAAAUUACUCAAUAAGGAUCCGGCGAAGAGAUUAGGUGUGAAUGGAUCGCAAGAGAUUAUGAAUCAUCCAUAUUUUGCAAGUGUUAACUGGGAUACUCUCUUUGAAGAAGAGGCGUCGUUUGUUCCUGAUACGGAGAACCCAGAGUCUACCGAGUACUUUGACAGUCGUGGUGCCAGUAUGUUAUUAUUAGACAGGGAAGAAGACGACAAGAAGAACUUAACCCCUGCGUCUGACGAGGUUACGACCGUGGGAGAUUUUACUGUUCAUAAGGGAUCAGUCUGCAACGAGAAAGCGCGUUCUCGAUCUGGCUCGUCAUCCCUUAGCUCACCUCGGCAAAGUUUCUCUAGAUUGUCUGCCCAGCAUAUUAUUUCUAAACGGGAAAGGCGUGGCUCUAGGCUUAAUGAGCCCUCUAGCUCGUCAGAGUUUGGCUCUUUUCAGUUUAGAAAUUUGGCUAUUCUCGAAAAGCAGAACAAGGAUACCAUCAACAGGCUUAAAAGUGAGCAUCUGGAACGUAGGGGAAGUAUGUCAUCCGUUGGAUCUUCUGAUAGUCUGAAUUAUCAGCCUGUAACUCCUGGUGGCGCCUCUGGUGCAGGUACAGGCGGCGGAUAUUUGGGGAUCAGUACAUCAGGAGGAACGAAAGGUUACGUGAAAAGAGGAUCGUCACCUUCUCCCCAAGUACUCAAGUCUCCCACAUUAUCUUUUAACUCGUUGUCCGUUCCCAAAUACCUUCGUAAGGUGUCUGGGGGUAGCUCAGCACCCGGAUCGAGUUCCAGUUCGGGUUCCACGGAACUAUCGGCAUCUCCUGUGACGAGUAUGAAACCGGUAGCUAAGUCUGGCGCUCAUGCAAUAGGGGAUCUAUCUCCUUAUUCGUCUGAUACGGAGGAGAGGGCUUCCAUUGUAGCACGUGCGAGAUACAGAAGGUCAAAUAGGCGACUUACCGGUCAGUCGACGUCUUCUGCUGCUACUACUGACACUACUGGUAGUUUUGGCAAGCUCUUAAACACGUUGGACGUUUUAGUUUGUGAACCUAUCCCUAUCUAUCGGUUUUCUAUCCAGAAGGAUUUAAAGAAAUGCGGCUGCGAUGUUGUCGCAGUUUCUGGGGGGUCUGAGUUGAUCAAAUGCAGUACCGGUGACGUGAAAUUUGACGUGAUUUUUCUCUCUACGCAGCUUCAGAAGCUUGAUGCUGCAGACUUGGUAAAACUAAUAAGACAUACACCCUGUGUUAAUUCUGACACCAAGACUGUGGCACUGACCCCUUCGUAUCAGGAUACUCUGAAAAAGGGUAUAUUUGAUACGGUUAUUGAGUAUCCUAUAACGAUUUCCAAGUUGAAUGAGGUGUUGGAUGAAUAUAGACAUCGCACAAGGUUUGAGGAGGAGGCCGUGGUGACGGAUACAGAAUAA